CAGAAUCCAGGAUACAGAUUCAGUUACGGUACCAUACGGUUCGUAUAGAAUUCCGCAAAGAAAUCGCGCAUACAACAAAAUUAAAUCAAAACACAAUCACAUACGUUAAAAUAGUUGCACUACCACUACAAAUAGGUCCACGUAUUGCCUAAAUAGUUGACUAAAAUUGUUGUGGGCAGCCGUGCGUGCCGACCCCUGGACUUGCCGUGGCAGUUGCGCUGCCACCGGUCAACGUCCAGGGGGACAACUGUGUGUACACGCACACUGUCGCACACACUAAGCGUGCAAGGCUUAGUGUGUGCCGAGCGCCGAGGAGAGUGUGCACGAAGGUCGAUCGAGCAGGAGCUCUCGGCAGGGGCGCUCAGUGCGGCUGGUGCGCGGCCACCGCAAUUGUACGUUUUAAAGUGUUGUACGUUCUAUUAUUAUUUAUUAUGUAAAGUUGUAAUAUGUAUAAAUAAAAUAAUAAGUGCAAAGAGCAGUUCAUAACAAAAAUAGCCUAAAUGUAUGACUAAUACUUACAGCAGAGAAAAACACACAGGAUACAGAAGCCAUCUUUUAAUCACGCACAACACUACUAAACCACUGUCUACUGCUUGCCAUCCAGUCACUGAAGCAAAGUACACUUCACACACCACCGGAGCAAGUUCUUUAGCGUCCGUUGCCUAGCAACGCGCCAACGGUCUUCACAGAGCAAGUGGAUUGCCAUUGUGCAACUGUCACUACUUGCGACCAAUAGGUGUUUUAGAUUAGAUAUACCAAUUAAACCAUGGCGCAACUAGCUUCACCAAAAACACACCAAAGUCCCACCGAACAGGCACGACCUUCAAAGCAACCGGUAGAAACGCUCACACUGAACGAUCUCGAUCCGUCGAUACGGGACGCGUUUCCCAAACUAAAAGCAUUCAACAAUGUACAGCGCGCCGUCGCCAAUACCGUCCUGCAAACGGACAAUUCAAUAGUGGUCAACGCUCCCACCGGCUCAGGCAAAACGGUGAUCCUCGAGCUCGCAAUGCUGAAACUCUCCACACAGGCAAAGGACGCCCCGUAUCGUAUCGUUUACCUCGCACCAACGCGUUCACUGUGUGCGGAAAAGUUUCAAGACUGGAAGGGGCGCUUCGCACCGCACGGGCUCAGCUGCAUCCAGUUCGAUGGGGAUAAUCUGGUCGAGGAUGUGGCCCAGCUCAGCCACCAUCGGCUCAUCCUGAGCACGCCGGAAAAGUGGGAAGUGUUUACGCGCCACUGGGACGACCAGAGCGUGGCCUGCGUGCUGCGACCGAUCCGGCUGUGCCUGAUUGACGAGAUUCAAAUCAUGAACGAUAGCGAUCGGGGCGCCAACCUGGAGCUCGUCAUCUCACGCAUGAAGUAUAUCGAUUCGAGGCUACGGAGAGGGGACGCGCCCGGUGGAGAGAUGCUGCAGUCGAUUCGGUUCAUUGCCGUGUCCGCCUGCAUUCCCAAUGUGGAUGAUUUUGCCCGCUGGCUUGCGAGCGAGGGAAGAACUGUGGUUCCGUACACGUUCGACGAGACGAACCGCACGACCCGGAUCGAACGGCACGUGCUGUCCUUCCCGAGCGCUUCGAAUCCGUACAAGUUCGAGCUGAACCUCAACUACAAGCUGCCGGCAAUCAUCGAGCAAUACUCGGCCCACAAACCGACGCUCGUCUUCUGCACUUCGCGCAGGAGCGUCGAGUCAACGGCUAAAUUUCUUGCCAACCGAUCACCGGUGAAACGGGCUGGUCCAGCGGCCGGCUCAGCACUGGCCGAGCUGGCCGGCAAUUUGGCCAACCGUACGCUGCAGGAGUGUGUGGCGAAGGGUGUCGCUUACCAUCAUGCCGGUUUGCUGCACAACGAUCGCAAUCAGAUCGAAGCGCACUUCCGGGCCGGCCAUCUGGCGGUCCUGUGCUGUACCAGCACCCUCUGCAUGGGUGUCAACCUGCCCGCCUACCUGGUCGUGGUCAAGUCCACGUGCAACCACACCGGCAAAGAGUACACCGACAACUACGUGCUGCAGAUGGUUGGCCGGGCAGGGCGGGCCGAAUUCAGCGAGGACGGUGUCGCCGUCAUACUAACCACCGAUGGGAAUGCGUCCCGCUACCAGCGGGUCGUCACCGAGACGGCCCCCAUCGAGUCGCAGCUCCGCCGCAAGCUGCCGGAACUGCUCAACUCGGAGAUAGCGCACGGCAUCAUCUACGACCAGCCGGCCGUGAUGGAGUGGAUCCGGUCGACGUUUUUCUACGUACGCGCGCAGACGAACCCCUCGCACUACCAACUGGCCGGUGGGCGGCUCCUGGACGAGCAGAUCGAGAAGCUGUGCUGCGACACGAUCGAAUCACUCGAAGCGAACGAACUGGUAGUGAGGCAGCGCCCGAAUGCGAUCGUUCCGUCCGCUUGUGGCCGGCUGAUGGCCCGGAAUCAGCUCUCCUUCCCCACGCUGCAGCUGCUCCAGCAGGGCCUUAAAGGGCGGGAAACGUUGGAUGAAAUGCUCGUCCUGAUCACGCGAGCCCACGAGUUCGGAGAGUUUACCUGCCGCCAGGGGGAGAAAAAGAUCCUCAACACACUGAAUGGACCCACCAUUUCGGCGUCGUUCUGUGACGGAGGGGACGAUGUGACCGGUGGCGUACGGUUCCGCUGGCCAAGGCGCAUCUGUACGACGGGCGCAAAGGUGUACUGUCUGGUGCAGGCUGUGUUCGGUAAUUUGCCCAUCAACGAUCACGGGCUGCAUCAGGAGGCGGCCAAGAUGGUAACCGUCGGUGGCCGUAUUGCGCGGUUCGUGAUCGGUCUACUAACCGCCAAAAGGGAUCACCCGCUCGAGGGUGGAUGCUUCCGGGCACUGGUCAGUGCGGCCACACUGCUGCAGUGCUUUCAGACGAAGCUUUGGGAGGACAGCCCGUACGUGGCGAAGCAGCUGGGCCAGAUUGGCCCACGGCUUGCCCGCCACCUGGCGGAGCGGGGCAAAGGGACGUUCGCGGCCAUCCGCCACUCGGAUCCGCGGGAAAUUGAAUGCAUCGUGAAAAAGCCGCCACCGGUCGGCAAUGAUAUCGUCAACUUUGUCACCGGUUUGCCGGAGUUUACGAUCAAACUGUGCAAAGUGGAGGGAGCUGCUAGCGGGCAGCCGAGCUUUACCUGCACCGUGGCACAAAACAACACGCACUACGAUCCGGAGAUAGCGGUAAGCUUCUGCGUGCUGGUGGGCGAUUCGUCCAAUCGCGUGCUGCUGCACGUGGACAACUGUACGGUGGAAAGCAUUCCGGUGAUGGGCUGCACGUGGCCCUUGCCGGUAAGGGACGACAGCGGCGCCCCGAUCGAAUCGCUCUCCGCUCACCUGAUCUGCCACGAGUGGUGUGGGCUGGACUGCUCCCAUACGCUGUGGCUGGUGGAACAGCCACCGAGCGUGGUGAAGCACCGCCAGACGGCCAUAACAAACUUCUUCCCCAACACGUCGCUGAACGAGUCAGCGAUUGGCGGGGAAAAGAUCGCCUUACCUUCUGCGCUGGAGCUAUCGCGCUUGCGUUGGAAUGAGACGAACGCGCACGAGGUGUCCGUAGACUUGCCAAACAAGCUUCCCUUACCAGGAGCAGCAUCCCGUAUGCCAUUGAACACGAGCAGGUGGAACGAAAGCUGCAACGAGAGUGUCGCGUUUCGGACCUCUGUCAGCAAUACUACAUUUAUUUCAAACAAUUCCACUAAACUAGCCGAUACGAGCAACGACAUUUCCGCAAUGCUCGAUAGCCGCGUGCUGCAAAAGCCUCUUCGUUCCAUCCUGAAACCCUUUUCCACGGUACCGCCCAGGAAGCCGCAUGCUUUCGCACCGCUAAACAUAUCCCACUCCUCGCUGAUGGGAAACAGUAAGCAGAACCACUUCCAACAGGCAGCGAAGCGUAUCGUUACACCUGUAGCGAUUCGACCGGAUGAGCUGGAGUACAUUUUUCAACCGGACAGAUGCACCCUUAACUUUACACUGUGCAGCCCGGUAGAUGAUAUAGUCGAUUGCUUGCAAAGGUACACCAUUUUUCGGGCCGAUUGCUGUACGCCUCCGGACGUGCUGGUAGAGGUUCAGGUUGAGCCGGCUGUUAGGGUGGAGGAGCGCAAAAGGAAGAACUUUGACCUGGGGAAGGCAGCGGAUGUGUUUGUCUCGGAUGAAGAGUGACCAAUUGGUACUUUUAGUAGCACUUUUCACCCGUUCUUAGUGGAAUGCUUUUACCUACUUACUGUAACAACACAGUAGCUCACAUUGAAUAGUAUCAAAACUUUGCAAUUUAUUGAUAAUACACGUUGCACGGCAAUGAACACACGUGAA